AUGGCUGUGUCGAUUUCUCAGGUGACCUUCGAACACCAUCGACUGGCCUUCGGCAUUGCCGAGUCGGAACCGCGUAUCUCGUGGCGGUUCGACGGCAACGCUGUUGACUGGGAACAGAGCGCCUACGACGUUGAGAUCUCCAGAGGCACAGAUGGCUCUUCCAACAUCCACAAAUUCAACUCGUCCACAUCGCUCCUCGUGCCCUGGCCCGAGCAAGCCCUCCAGACGGCAGAACAAGCCACUGUGAGAGCUCGCGCCCACGGCAAGCCCGGCCAGCCAUCCACCCCUUGGUCCGACUGGGUCACGGUUGAGACAGGGCUCCUUAACUCCAGCGACUGGGCCGGUGCCGUUCCCAUUGCGGCCGACAGAGACACCGAAGUUGACGCUCCCAAACGCCCGAUAUACUUCAGAAAAUCCUUCCCAGUUGGCGCCAACGUCACCCGCGCUCGUUUGUACAUCACAGCCUUGGGGAUCUACGAGGCCGAAAUCAACGGCAGGAGAGUUGGAGACUACGUUCUGGCGCCUGGUUGGCAAUCGUACAACUACCGCCAUGUAUACGACACAUACGACGUCACGGAACUCGUCACCGGCGGAGAAAACGCCAUAGGUGUUGCCGUCGGCGAAGGCUGGUUCUCCGGACGACUGAGCUACGGCGGCGGUGUCCGAAACAACUAUGGCGACACCAUUGGCCUUCUCUCUCUUCUUGUCGUGACCCUCGACGACGGGAGUGUGGUCAAAGUACCGACCGACCCGACCUGGCAAGCAAACACAGGCCCCGUGGUGUCAUCCGAGAUCUACAACGGCGAACAUUAUGACUCGACACUCGAGGCGGCCGUUGAAGGGUGGUCCUCCGCAACGUUUGAGGCCAACAACUGGUUGUCAGUCAAGGAGCUGCCCGCACUGAAGGGCGAAAUUGAGGAGAGGAAACCCGAGUCCAUUUUUGAGUCGCCUUCCGGCAAAACUAUUAUCGACUUUGGCCAGAACCUGGUAGGUUGGCUUCGGCUCACGGUCUCGGGACCCAGUGGGACAAACAUCACGCUUCACCACGCCGAAGUCUUGGAAGACGGAGAGCUCGCCCUCCGGCCGCUCAGAGUCGCCACCGCUGCCGACUCCCUCAUCUUGCACGGGAACGGCAACCAGACUUGGGAGCCGCGCUUCACUUUCCACGGAUUCCGCUACGCCCAGAUCGACGGAUGGCCUCAAGAGACCCCGUUGACUGCGGAAUCCGUCACCGCAGUGGUUGUCCACAGCGACAUGGAACAGACUGGUUGGUUCGAAUGCUCGAAUCCACUACUGAACAAGUUCCAUCAAAACGUGCGAUGGUCUAUGAAGGGCAACUUUCUGUCGAUCCCCACCGAUUGUCCCCAACGUGACGAGCGACUUGGGUGGACCGGCGACGCGCACGCCUUCGCUCCGACAGCAAACUAUCUCUACGACGCGGCCGGCUUCUGGAAGGGUUGGCACAAGGACAUUUGGUCCGAGAUGCAGCGCAACGAUUCCAUGGUCGUACCUUUCACCAUCCCUACGAUUCCCCCGAAUGAUCCGGCGAUGCCGGCUGCAGUGUGGGGUGAUGUUGCAGUCGCCAAUCCCUUCAACAUCUACCAAGCCUUUGGUGAUGUUGCCCUCCUGGAAGAGCAGUAUCUCCAAUCUCAGGCAUGGAUUGAUACAGGAAUCAGUCGCAACGAGGUUGGCCUGUGGAACCGGAGUUCGUUCCAGUUCGCCGACUGGCUUGAUCCGAAGGCCCCCUCUGAAGAGCCGGGCAAUGCUACGACGGCGAAACAUUUGGUUGCUGAUGCGUACCUCAUCCACAUGACCGAGUUUCUUGCCAACAUGUCAGCAAGUCUUGGCCGUGAUGAAGCGGCGGCCAAGUACAGAGCUCAGCGGGACAAUUUGACGGCAGCAUUCCAUGAUGCCUGGGUUCAGGAUGGCGCCCUCGCUAACGAGACGCAGACGGCGUACGCCAUGGCCCUCAACUUUGGCCUCUUCACAGACGAAGCGCAACGUUCGGCUGCCGCCGAGAAACUGCGGCAGAUCGUCGCAGACAACGACUAUCUCGUCGGUACUGGCUUUGCCGGCACUCCUCCGUUGGGCUUCGCCCUCCGAGAUAUUGGUGCUACCGAGGACUUUUACCGCAUGCUUCUUCAGACACGCGUGCCCUCGUGGCUGUAUCAGGUUGUCCAGAACGGCACGACCACAUGGGAGCGAUGGGACAGUCUUCUCGCAAACGGCAGCGUCAACCCUGGCGAGAUGACCAGUUUCAAUCACUACGCGUUCGGCUCGGUUGCGAACUGGAUGCAUCAAGUCAUCGGCGGCAUUGCACCCGCGGAGCCUGGCUGGAAGCGCAUCACCGUUGCCCCGGUUCCCGGUGGUAACAUCACCAGCGCCAACUCGAAAUACAUCAGCCCUUACGGAGAGGUCAAGGUCCAGUGGUGGUUUGAGAAGAAUGCGGAGGAGAACGCUGCACAUCGCAAUGGGUUCCACCUGAAUGUCGAGAUUCCACCUAACACAAAGGCGGACAUCACGUUGCCCAACGGAGGGGAGACACAAGAAGUCGGGUCUGGUUAUUACGAGUUCCACGAUCCAAGUUACCAGUUGGCUUGA